UUCUAGCCAAAUCAAAAUCUGGCCACUGCUGUGCGCCCGCCAGCGAAGUGUGUGCGCUUGCCGAGUUGUUUUUCGGCGUACAAAAGUUCGUUCUGGGUGUCACCUCUGCGUACCGGUUUGCAGCAGCUCCAAAAAGCGUGCUUUAUUGUUCAACUGGAUUAUGUAGUGCAGCCUUCGCGACAACAAUUCGUCUCGAUGCGUCAGUGACAUGGGCAACACCAACGCGACACAGUUGUCACAGACUCCUCUAGGAACAGCUGGGACAACAUCUUUCAGCAGUGGCCAGCCAAUGGGCUUCCACGAAGUGCAUGGCGAAAAUGUGCGCUUGGAGCAAGGUGGCAAAGUGGCACGCCGAGCCGAAAGCUUCUGCAAGGCUAUUGUCUUCAGCUCAAGGCCGGUGCAGGUCAAUGAGAGGGUGGUGCUACGCAUCACAGAGCUCUCUAACGGUUGGAGCGGGGCACUGAGGCUGGGCUUCACGUCCCAUGACCCUAGCACUCUACAGGGAACUCUACCGAAAUAUGCAUGCCCGGAUUUGACGAACAGGCCCGGUAACUGGGCCAAGGCACUGGGCGAAAGGUACGCCGUGGCAGACACAUUGCUGCAUUACUAUGUCAACAACGCGGGUGAGGUCUUCUUUGGCAUCAAUGGUGAAGAGAAGGGUCUUUUUCUGAAUGGCGUUGAUGUCAGGGGACCUCUAUGGGCACUUAUUGAUAUUUAUGGAAACACCACAGCCAUCAAGAUGGUUGAGGAUGAGCAAUUACUGAACAACCGAAAUGAAAUGAUUCGAAAUGUCGCCUUAAACACUGGCGGUGUGGAGGACCUUAUUCGACAGAUGGAAUUGGUUAAUUCUAGAGAGACAGCAGCGAUGGCUCCAGUGAUUGCCGAUGCAUCGAGUUUGGAUACACUUGACGGCACGCCAUUGCAAUCUCCGCCCCACCGUCGUCCCACCACCAUGCACGCUCCUAGCAGUGCAACUUGGCAGCGUCUGGUGUUCCACAGUGUGCUAGGUCCAAACUGCAGGCUAGACCCGAUGGACAAGCUAGUCGCAGAACGUUGCGACAUUGGAGAGCAGCGGGCAUUCGUCUUCGCUUCGCGCACCCUUUGUCCGAAUGAGCGGCUUACAAUCAAGGUGACAGGCAUGGACCAACUGCUAUCCGGUUCUCUGGCCUUUGGCCUGACGACAUGCAAUCCGGCAUCUCUCCAACACACUGCAUCUGAACUCCCUGCCGACCUGGAAGCACUACUCGAUCGGCCAGAGUACUGGGUCUUCCAGAAGGACAUUCCCUGUUUACUCAAUGAUGAACUCACCUUUGUCACUGGGGAUGACGGAAAGGUUCAGUACUCUCAGAACAACGGACCAUUCAAAAUGCUUAUGUACGUGGACGGCACGCAACAAUUCUAUCCAUUUUUCGACAUCGCUGGCAGGGUGACAAGGAUCAGGCUUGUUGGGAGCAAACGAGGAUCACCCGUAACCAAAAUAGAGCAAAGCACAGAGCAGCCCAUCGUCGAGAAGAGCACUGCGAAAGCGCCCAAAAAACCACUUGAGGAACCUGACGACGACUGCCGAAUAUGCUUCGAGAAGCCAAUCGACAGUGUGCUUGUGAAGUGUGGCCACUCGCUGACCUGCCACGAAUGUGGCCUGAAGCUCCUGAAGGAAGCUCCUCAGUGCCCCGUCUGUCGACAGCGCAUACAAGAAGUCAUCCGCAUCUACAAAGCCUAAGCUAGCUGGCGAUAGUCGCCCGACUGCCUGUGUAUCACUCGACAAACUGUGAACUGAAAAUGUGGCGGUGUAGCGUGCAAAGCGAGUGUGCCGUUUCAGCGGAAAUGCAGUCAACGAAUUAACUUUGCCUCAAGUGAAACAGAAACCAACCGAAAAGCAGAAACCCUGAAGAUUGCUGUGCAAGUUCUUUGCAGCAUUGGGCUCAUCUCAUGCCUGAAUAUUUUUACCGUUCAUGAAAUUUUUCAAGCUUCUGAACCGUGCAUUUGUUGUAAAACUAAUAGUUGUCCGCGGGUGCCAUCAUUUCUGAGCACUAUGUGCUUGCAGCACCGCAGCAUCCAGUGUUCCCAACAGAAACGUUGAGUAGAGCUACACAUUACCAACAGAAACUAUGGUGUAAAAUUAGAAUUUCUGUUGCGACACAGAAGUAUCCUUCUGAAUGAAACUGAAAAAAUUUUUUAGUUCACGUACUUCAUGCAAAAACAGCAAACUGGAGUAUAUGUUUACAGUAGCAGAAAAGAUUUAUGCCUCCACAAAGAAAGUCCUCCUGCUCCACUCCUUCAGGUUUUCAGUGCAGUAGCUCACAAAAAUACAAGUGUAUUGAUGCGUAAAAUGAACCGUUACGUGCGUUCUCAGUUGGGGGCACUUCUUGGAAUAAGUGCCCCGAAUAUAAGUAGGCGCAACUUUUAACGUGGUGUGUCAACCUCUAUGGAAUGGCUAAAGAUUAUUGCGCGAUGUUUUCGAGAACUCUGGGCUUUUCUACCGCCUAGCACAAUUUUUGCUGGUGUCAGAUGCACAAGUGGUCACCAUAUUUGUUUGGUGUUGCUUAUUCUGAUGUUACGUUUACGUUAGUAUUCUGUUCUUUAAUGUAAUUUUGCAGCAAUAAGUUGCUAUGCUCUAUUAUUUACGGUUAGUACUGCUGCAAUUCUUUGAGACGAGCUAAUGCGUAAAGCUUGUCAAUAGAGAUAGGACAGAUUAACAACAAACAACGUCUUUUCUGGAAUGUUUUUAGAAGUCUACGGUAAAGAGUCCUGCAUUUUAAGGUUCUGCAACUUUAUUUAGAAGAAAUAAGUUCGGAGUAUGCGAUCAUUGUAACUAUACGCUUACAAUAAAGUGAAGCGGUUGUUUUUUGCCUUGAACAUAUGUACAAAGCUGAGCCAAGGCUGUAAAAACUUUGCAUGAGACAAGAAGGUGUCAUUUAUAUGGGAGCCUAAUGUUCAUAAUACAAAGGAUUGUGUUUCAUUCAUGCCGAUAACACCCUUCUGCAAUGGUAAAGCUUUGUCCUGUACGGUCUUAUGAAUGACAUGUGAUUCCUCCUCGCUUUUUUUUUCUCUCCUAAUGCAUAACAAUAUGCUUACAUAUGUCUGAACAUCAUGCUAUAUGCAAGACAUUUGACUGCGUUGAUUCCCAGUGAUUUUCACAAGAAACAAAACCACCAGUUGGUAUAACGUAAAGCUUAUAUUGGUAUUGUUGUACUGUUACCAUGUCUACUGCCCGACUAAUCACUCUCAGUUACUAAUCACUCUCACUCUCAGGUUUCCAGCAAAUGAGAGAUAAAAAGUAUCUUUUACGACCUUGCUUUUGUUUCUUAGUUCUGAAUUCAGCUUGCAUUGUUGUAAAUAUGGUUUAUAUAUAUAUGAAGGACUAUUGGGCAUCUUUUUUUUCUAUGAAUAAAACAGUCAAUUAAUAAACUUUGCAGGUUUUUUGUAGCCCUGGCAGUCUGGAUCUUUUUCACAUCGCCUUGGCAUACCUCAAUGAAGUUUAGGGGGAUAUUCAAAAACAAGGCUUUUCUUUGCAGAGUUCAAAAGUAACCUCCUCUUUUGCCAAAUAAAUAAAAACGAAGUUCUGAAAUCAA